AUGCCCAAGGAUGAGGUAAUAGACCCUGCUCGUCCUAGCGAGCGACGCGAGACGGAUGAGGACGAAGCUCAUGCUCUUCUCUCUGACUCAUUUUCCCACCAUAGUGAUGAAGACGACGACUUGGUAGUACAUUCUGGCCCCAAUGAGCGAAGUCCAGCGCGGUCGAGACCACAUAUACCACGCCAGUCCUCAAUUUCGCAGCCGGCUCCUGACGGGCAACGUCGUACACCUCGAACACCGAACCGUGUUAGAUUUGACAUUGCCGACGAUGUGAACGAGGAAGCAAGGCCGGCUAAUGGCCACGCCCACCCAAGCCCAGGGGAUGAGGACUCCUGGCUAGAAGAAGAAGACUACAUGCUGGACGAUCCACGACGCCGUCGAAGCAGUACAGGACAAACGGUACCGUUGCUGACUGACAUUGAAGCACCGAGUGUCACCCUCGCAACAUCCGAGGACUUCUUUCCGGAAGAACAUUUGGAGAGCGCUAGGCCCCGUAACGGAAUGCGCAUGGCCUUCAUGAAUAUGGCAAACAGUAUUAUCGGGGCCGGGAUCAUUGGCCAGCCGUAUGCUCUACGGCAAGCGGGCAUGGUUAUGGGGAUCGUGCUUUUGGUUUCGUUAACUCUCACCGUGGAUUGGACUAUUCGACUUAUCGUGAUCAAUUCCAAAAUGAGCGGUGCCGAUUCUUUCCAGGCCACUAUGCAGCAUUGUUUUGGGAAAAGCGGCUUGAUUGCCAUAUCAAUUGCACAAUGGGCAUUUGCCUUUGGGGGAAUGGUAGCAUUUUGUAUCAUUGUUGGCGACACUAUACCGCAUGUGUUUGCAGCAUUAUUUCCGUCCCUUCGAGAAACGUCUUUUCUUUGGCUUCUUACGGACAGACGAGCCGUGAUUGUACUUUUUAUACUUUGUAUUUCCUAUCCUUUAUCUCUGUACCGAGAUAUUGCAAAGUUGGCCAAAGCCUCGGCGCUGGCGCUAGUAAGCAUGCUUAUAAUUGUAUUUACGGUGGUCAUACAAGGAUUUCGUGUUCCGGCAGAUCUAAGAGGGGACUUGAAAGGGAAUCUUUUCGUCAACUCUGGAUUUUUCCAAGCUGUGGGGGUCAUAUCAUUUGCAUUUGUUUGUCAUCACAAUAGCCUCCUAAUUUAUGGUUCCUUGAAGAAACCAACCCUCAACCGGUUCGCGACGGUAACACAUUACUCUACCGGGGUUUCCAUGGUCAUGUGUUUAGUUAUGGGUAUAGCUGGUUUUCUGUCUUUUGGGUCAAAGACUCAGGGCAAUGUACUGAAUAACUUUCCAUCCGAAAACAUCAUGGUGAAUAUAGCCAGAUUCUGCUUUGGCCUCAACAUGCUCACCACCUUACCACUGGAAGCCUUCGUUUGUCGCUCCGUGAUGAUAACAUAUUAUUUCCCCGACGAACCAUUCAACCCGAAUCGCCAUUUGCUAUUCACAACUUCACUGGUCCUCACUUGCACAUUCUUGUCAUUGAUCACUUGUGAUCUUGGCGCUGUUUUCGAAUUGAUCGGUGCUACUAGUGCCGCGGCUCUGGCCUACAUUUUACCGCCACUUUGCUAUGUGAAACUGAGCAAGUCUAGCCAUAAAGCUAAACUACCAGCCUAUGCAUGUAUUUUGUUUGGCACUGCUGUCAUGGCUAUCAGUCUUCUCCAGGCGGUGGGCAAAAUGAUCAAGAACGAAGGCGGAUCCCAGACUUGCGGGGGUGCUAUGUGA